GCUUCCCUUCCGGGUCAGGGGGUCAGGAGCUGUUUCCGGGCGGAAUGGACGCGGACGGACUCCCGUUGGUGGGAUCAGGGAUCGACCUGACCCGGGUUCCAGCCAUACAGCAGCAAAGGACUGUGGCAUUUCUCAACCAGUUUAUUGCGCACACUGUCCGGUUUUUGAAUCGGUUUUCAACAGUUUGUGAAGAGAAACUGGCCAGUCUUUCUCUACGUAUCCAGCAAAUUGAAACAACUCUCAAUAUUCUAGAGGCAAAGCUUUCUUCAAUACCUGGCCUGGAAGAUGUCAAAGUAGAGACAAUGAAUCAGGAUCAGAAUUGUGCAAAUGGCCCAUCGUCCAUGACAGCAACAAACCAGCAUCAGCCACCACCUCCUGAGGUCCAACAAAAUAUUGAAUCUACAACCCAAAGCAAAGCAGAUUCGCUGACAGAAAAUGUUAUUACUGUUGCCAAGGACCCUCGAUAUGCAAGAUACCUGAAGAUGGUCCAAGUGGGUGUUCCUGUUAUGGCCAUAAGAAACAAAAUGAUUUCUGAAGGACUCAGGCCAGACCUGUUGGAGACUCCAGAUGCCCCAGUUCCCGAUGGGGUUAAAGAACAUGAUGGAGAUAGUUCUGGCAGUGAAUCUUCGUUCAGUGAUUGAAAACAGACUUCAGAUAUUUCAAUUCUCAAACUAAAAAAAUACGAAGCACUGAUUGUUAUGUUGAGGGGCAUUAAUUUUUUUGAUGGUUAAACAGUCCAAAGGGAUUGUAGCAGUAUGAACUGUGCUGCCUCCUUAUGCUGUAUAUGAACACCCCAUUCAGUCUUAAGCUACGCCUCUGCCAUAGGCCUGUCGAUAGCUUAAAAUUGUAAGUUUUGUGACUGAAUGCAGAACUGCACUUUUAUUUGUACGUGAAGUUACAAUCUCCUUUCCACUGUAUUUUAGAUGGAAUGUCAACAAUGUGGCGAACAAACUGGGACUGUCAUCAAGGUGUUAAAUGCAAAUGAAUAUGAGAUAAUGUUAUUUUCAUAUUUUAUAUACCAGGCACCGUACUGAAUUUGUUCAGCUUUAUCUUGGAAAAGUUAUGAAUGGAUUGUUCAUGUGCUAUUCUGUUCCCACAUGAAGGAAAACCUCCCCCUAAUGAGUAAAAUCUGCACUCUAAAGAGUAAACCUUUGCAGAACUGAAGAAAUUGCACAUGAUUAUCCGUAAUAUUAUGUUUACUUGGAUGAGUCACCAAUAAGAAUACUUCCCCUACGCUGCUUGGUUGUCACCACUCAGCUGCUGUCAGGACCUUGAUGUUUGGCUGUUGCUGUGAAGUGAGAAUUAUUUGUCACCACACUAACAUUUCUUCCUCGUAGUCAUUGUCAUUUUUAGGUAGUGAGUCUGAAUUUGACUGUGUGUGUCAACUGUUCACCUUCUGGUAUCAGUCCUGAACGGCUGCUCCAGCCGUGCUGCUGUAGCACUCCAUUCUUUCAGUGUGUUCCGAGUUCGUGCCAUUCAUUAAACUGAUGCAAGGUCUGAUUCCAAACAAUAUCUGAUGAACAUUGCUCAUGCAGGGACUCUGCUGGAGAGUGUGUAACCUUCAUUGAAAUUGAGGAGCUAAUUUUAGAAUGAAAUCGUAACUCACUAUUGCUUCAAAAGAAACUGUUUACUUUUAUAGAACUGCUACUGUUGAAUAAUUGUUGAAACAGUUACAUUUUCAACUCUUUCUUCUUUUUUGUUUUUGAACACAAACAGUUUUGAAUAAGCUCAGUGUUCUAUCAUCCAAUCCAAGAUAAACAAUCCUAAACAGUAGAUUUUCCUAGGGAGUCUUCUUGUUUGGCCUACCCUGAAACAAUAGGGUAGACCCUCUUGUGCUAUUGCAGACUCCAAAUCCAGACCAUUUAGCCUUCAGAUAAAAAGGUAGGACAAGGUCAGAAAAUAAUUCAGUGCCCACCUUAGGGACUGGCAUUUUGUCCUGAGCACUAAAAAUGGGAAGUGUAACAUAAACUAUCAUAUUGUAAUCACACCACCUUGUUCAUAAUGGCACUGCAACUACAAUCUACCCAUCGUAAACACGGGUCAGCAAAUUGUACUUGAAGGGAGUGAGAGUUGGAAAGUAGUGCAAUGUCAGCACUCCUAUCUCAAAAACCAUUCUAUCAAUGUACAGCACUCAGCUAAGAUGUGGGACCUUUUGUUACAUCACCAAUCGAACUAUGGUUCUUGUCAAAUAUAUUAGUAACAAAGAGAAAGAACUUAUAUUUAUAUAGUACUUCUCACAACCUCAGGAUGUUCAAACCAUUUUACAGCCAGUGGAGGGCUUAUAUAUCUUAGACUCCUGUAAAUUUAUCUUUACAGUCCAAUUACAAGUAUUGGGUUAUUUUAUUGCACUGAAUAAAGCACAGGUUGGACGUUUGUUUGAUGUAAUUGAACUGUCUCAUAGGUGGAAAAUUGGUCGAGUUGUGAGAGCACUAGCAUGGAGUAGAGAGGCUGGAUCUGAGGAGCUGACUGAAAUGUUGCUAGAAUUCCUUUUUAUGUGUUGCUGUGGCACUUGUACCUGUCACAUGAUUUGAGCAAGCCAACCAACAAACUUCAAAGGUAAUACAGCAACACUCCUAAUACAUAAUAUUUCUUUGUAAAGCGCACAAAUUUCCUAAGUUGCAACAGCAACUACAUUUUGAAAGUUCUUCAUUGGCUGUAAAGUACAUUGGAAUGACCUGAGGUCAUGUAAGGCACUAUAUAAAUGCAAGUACACUUACUCACUUGAAGCAGUCUCAUUGCAUUUCCCUGCAACCUUUUACAUUUCCUGCUCAAUUGAAUGCUAUGCACUAAUUUUCUCAAAAGAAUCUAGUUGCACUGGAUUUGACAAGCCCUUGAUGACGUUACGAGAAGAACUGUGAUGCUGGGACGGCUGAAAUAUUGAGCAAGCUUUCUAGCAUUAGUUGGAGUAUCUACCCUGUGCGUGUGAACAGAUAUCCUUGUAAACCCACUGCAAUUUAACCAGGCAGGUCUGUAAUUCAGCAAGGAGUUGAGAUCAAUUUUGGAAGCCCUGCAGGUAAACUAGAUUUCCAUUCAGCUUCAUAUGAUUUCACAUCACAUCAAUUUGAGUCAAAUAAUAAACCUAAAAAUGAUUUUUGUUUUGUCGCUGUUCAAGUCUAUAACCUCCAAACCAUUUCCCUCAUCAAUAAUUCAGUAUUUGUUUGCACUGCUGAAAAUAAAGUAGUAAACUUGAUGUGCGCUGUAUCUCAAUAUGUCGAGUUCGGAUACUAAAUUGACUGAGCGUUAUUAUUCAUGUGAAUUGUGCAGGGCGUUGAAGUUGUGCCAAGAGUGUCAGUAGGUUAAAUAGUGUCGCAUUUUACAGUUUGAUACCCGACUUUAACACAUUCAGCCUGCUACAUGGAUCUUGUGUACUUGCUGUAUUGCUGUGCUGUAUAUUCUUAUUGUUACUCACCCAUACCAUAAACUUUAUGUACAAAAUUGAUGAGGAAAGAAAUUUGCACAUGAAAAUGCCAUAGGUAUACACUGCUCGAAUGUUUGGUAGCUGUCAUUUUGUCUUUGAAUAGAAUCUCCAAGGAGUUGAGAUGCUCCUUGCGUUAGUUCUUGAACUUAGAUAUACAAAGUUUAUUGUUUUCUUCAUCAAGUCAUAUAUCUCUCACAAAGGCCAACUAACCUCUAACUAUUUUUCUUUCAAAAGACCAAUAUCCUGCAUCCUUUGCUCAAAAAUAAAAGAUAAAAUGUU